AUUGGAUACGUAGUAUUGACCUAUCUUGAAGCGCAUUGGCUUUUUCUCCUGUCAUUUCCUUUCUGCUAUCCAGCUCACACAGAGGAACAGCACAGCAUGCUGGGCUCUGGAUUUAAAGCUGAGCGUUUACGAGUUAAUUUGAGAUUAGUCAUAAACCGUCUUAAACUAUUGGAGAAAAAAAAAACGGAACUGGCCCAGAAAGCAAGGAAAGAGAUUGCUGACUAUCUGGCUGCUGGGAAAGAUGAACGAGCUCGAAUCCGAGUGGAGCACAUUAUUCGAGAAGACUACCUUGUGGAGGCCAUGGAGAUCCUGGAGCUGUACUGUGAUCUGCUGCUGGCUCGGUUUGGCCUCAUCCAGUCUAUGAAGGAGUUAGAUUCUGGUCUGGCUGAAUCUGUGUCUACACUGAUUUGGGCAGCUCCUCGCCUCCAGUCAGAAGUGGCUGAGUUGAAAAUUGUUGCUGAUCAACUCUGUGCCAAGUAUAGCAAGGAAUAUGGCAAGUUAUGUAGGACCAACCAGAUUGGAACUGUGAAUGACCGGCUAAUGCACAAACUGAGUGUGGAGGCCCCACCCAAAAUCCUGGUGGAGAGAUACCUGAUUGAAAUUGCCAAGAACUACAAUGUGCCCUAUGAGCCUGACUCUGUGGUCAUGGCAGAAGCUCCUCCUGGAGUAGAUACAGAUCUUAUUGAUGUUGGAUUCACAGAUGAUGUGAAGAAAGGGGGCCCUGGAAGAGGAGGUGGGGGCGGAUUCACAGCACCAGCUGGUGGACCUGAUGGAACAGUGCCAAUGCCCAUGCCCAUGCCCAUGCCAUCUCCAAACACUCCUUUCUCAUACCCUCUUCCAAAGGGACCAUCGGAUUUCAAUGGAUUGCCAAUGGGAACUUAUCAGGCCUUUCCCAAUAUUCAUCCACCUCAGAUACCAGCAACUCCCCCAUCGUAUGAAUCUGUUGAUGACAUUAAUGCUGAUAAGAAUGUCUCUUCUGCACAGAUCGUUGGCCCUGGUCCCAAGCCAGAAGCUUCUGCAAAGCCCCCUUCCAGACCCAUGGAUACCUAUGACAACUUUGUACUCCCAGAAUUGCCAUCUGUGCCAGACACGCUACCAACUGCAUCUGCUGGUGCCAACACCUCAGCCUCUGAAGACAUUGACUUUGAUGAUCUUUCCCGGAGAUUUGAAGAGCUGAAAAAGAAAACAUAGGCUUCAUAAACCAGGCAAGGUCCAAAUUCUGGGAAUUGAGACUGAGCAGUUUCUCCUUGUAACAAAGAAUCUCCUUGAAAUUUUGCUUCAUCUGUUAACCAUCACUGAGUACACUCUUCCUCUGGGCUCUCUUCCUGCUCUUACACACUCUGCUGCUUUCCAGUUCUCCACUGCUCCUGAGAGACUAACAGCUGGAAAUUGUGAGGUUGGAGCAGCUGGCUCCCGGCAGCCUUGCUUGUUCUUUUCCUGUCAGUGUGAUCCCAUUUCUCUCCUUCCUGUCCCACCAUCCCUGCACAGGGGAGUGAGAAGGGGAGAGCUGUCAGAGAUGGCCGGGUGGUGGAGGAGAGUACUUCCUGAAGUGUCUCAGCUCUGUGCUGAGGUUCUAGACUUAGAAACAAACCCCUCCGUACAGAGGGAUCGGUGGUGAGUGAGAUUCAAGGCCAAGUUGUGUAUUUUCUUGCUCUAAUAUGAAUGGGAGAGAGAGAAAAUGGCUCAGGAAGCCAUUGUAACAAUUCUUAGAAGCUGGGUCUUCUCAUUGACAUAUACACUACUCCUUGCUGCAGGGCACUGUUCCACCUGGAUCCAGUUGCAAACUUUGGAAAGUUGAAGGCCUCUCUUAGUUCUACUGGAUUCUCAGGGAG